AUGCGGGCACAGAUUUUAAGCGACCUACGCACCAACACAAAUGACCGAAGCCUCGCGGGCCGCGUGGACCCACAGAUCUCCGAGCUAGUCGAUUACAUCAACAGCUCCUUCACGCAGUACGUGACCAGCAGCUCAUGCGGGGGACGAGUGGCACUUUUCCACAAAGGUAUAAGAAGUACUGGUACGGCGAGCUCGCCCCACGCAGCCGCGGACCCCGCCGGGCCUUCGUCGCCUACAGCUGCAUCCUCUGUCGAGCGGCGGAAGCGUGGCUCUUUCGGUCGCGGAACUCUGUACCAGUCACACGAUCCUCUGCCGACGGACACAUCGAUUACUGUGAGAGAGAGCAUCGUGCCUGCUCUGGAAGAGUUUUGGGCAUGGCGGCAGGCGCAGACUUCCGAUGCGCGGCUUCAAGCGACGGAGGUGCUGCAGCUCAAGUUUGAGCCAAUGAUUCUCCACGUGCUUUGCGCUGACUUCGAGGCCGCCGCAGAGCUGCUCAAGUGUGGCAGUGAGAGCGGGCAGAUGAACAGCGGCAUCGUCUCUUGCUCGCGUGGGACCGUGGCGCACCGUAAGAUCACCUGCUGCAUCACCUCUCUGCUCUGCGUCGAUGUGCCGCUCUUUGCCCACGACACGUGGUGCAUCUCACCCGCCAACUUCCGCAGCGACGUCUGGGCAACGUUCUUGACAGCAUCCCUCAAUCACAUCAACGCGCUUUUCACAGAGAACGCCACGCGCCGCAAACGUUUUGAGUUGGAGCUGCACGCGCGUGCUGGGAAGGCGGCGGCGCAGCCGCAGCGGCGUGGCAUCCGGGAUUGA